UCCCCUCGCAGCCUCUCAGCCUCCCUGACAUCCACACACAGCGAGAAGUGAUGCAGCGCGACUGAGACGCGCAGUUGAGGUGGAACAAACGGGCAACAAAAAGCUGCAGCGAUCGGAUACACUCUGCACCCAGGCAGCUCUGCGCCUUCACAACCUCGAAGCGGAGAGAGAAAACUGCCUUCCUAGAAUAAAACUUCAUUAUAAGGUGCUGUUGGCCGCCCUGCAAGAGUCUGAGGAGCCUUUCCUGCUUCAGUAGAUUACAGCAUGUGGACUGAUCCGAUACUCUGACCAGAAACCAGCGGACUGAGACGACUGAGGCGGGGGGGAGACGAAGGACAGGUGGUGUUGUGGUCAUGGAUAGGAGGAAAGUUUGCCUGCUCAUGGUGCUGUGGGUUUUAGCCCACCUCAGCUCUCCGAGUUUGGGGCUUAGGGCCCUGCGAAGGACUACAGGGGGGCGGAAGGGGUCUGCGGGGCUGACGGGAGAGGACGCCAAUGGAGUGCCGCUCAGGCGCUCCAAACGAGGCUGGAUGUGGAACCAGUUCUUUUUGUUGGAGGAGUACACCGGGACGGACAUGCAGUACGUCGGAAAGCUUCACUCAGAUGGAGAUCGAGGAGACGGGAGCGUGAGGUACGUCCUGACAGGGGAGGGAGCGGGGACGCUAUUCAAGAUAGACGAGAAGUCCGGAGACAUCCACGCCACCAAGAGGCUGGACAGGGAGGAGAAGGCCUACUACAUCCUCCACGCUAAAGCUGUGAACCGCUUCACCAACGAGGCGCUGGAGGGCGAGUCUGAGUUCAUCAUCAAGAUUCAUGACAUCAAUGACAACGAGCCUCGAUUCACCAAGGAUCCCUACUAUGCCAGAGUCCCCGAGAUGUCUGAUAUCGGCACUUCGGUAAUUCAGGUGACAGCCACAGAUGCAGACGACGCCACGUAUGGAAACAGUGCCAGGGUAGUGUACAGCAUCCUGGAGGGCCAGCCGUACUUCUCCGUGGACCCAGAGACCGGCCUGAUAAAGACGGCCCUGCCCGGCAUGGACCGCGAAGUCAAAGAGAAUUACCAGGUGGUGAUCCAGGCCAAAGACAUGGCCGGACAGAUGGGCGGUCUCUCAGGAACCACCACGGUCAGCAUCACGCUCUCUGACGUCAACGACAACCCGCCGCGCUUCACCAAAACCUUGUACGAGUUCAGAGUGCCUGAGUCCAUGGAGCUCGGGGCCACGGUGGGAGUGAUCCGGGCCAUGGAUGCCGACAUCGGAGAGAACGCCGAGAUGGACUAUAGGAUCAUCAGGAGCGAUGGGCCUGGCAUGUUUGACAUCAGCACCAACAGGAGCACGCAGGAGGGCGUCAUCGUGCUGAGGAAGCCUCUGGACUACGAGAGGAAGCGACAGUACAGUCUGAGCAUCCAGGUGGAAAACGUUCACAUCAACCCUCGCUUCUUCUCCGUGGGGCCGUUCAGAGACGAGGCCACCAUUAAGAUCAUUGUGGAGGACGUGGACGAGCCGCCGGUGUUUGAGAGAGCCAGCUACGUCAUGGAGGUCAAAGAGGACGCGGCGAGGAACACUAUCAUCGGCUCCGUCAGCGCUUCAGAUCCUGACGACAAAAACAGCCUCGUGAGGUACACGAUUGAUCGGCGCACAGACAUGGACAGAGUGUUCAACAUCCAUGCAGGCAACGGGUCGGUGUUCAUCCUCAGGGAUCUGGACAGAGAAGAGAACCCAUGGCACAACAUCUCGGUCAUCGCGACAGAGUUCAAUAACCCGCGACAGAUCAGCCGUGUGCCCGUUUACGUCAGAGUGCUGGAUGUCAACGACAACGCGCCGACGUUUGCCACCAAUUACGAGACAUUUGUGUGUGAGAAUGCUAAAGCCAAUCAGAGGAUACAAACAAUAAGCGCCACAGAUCCAGAUGAGCCUCUUGCGGGACACCGAUUCUUCUUCAGUCUGGCUCAGGAGGCUGCUGGGAAGGCAAACUUCUCUGUCCGUGAUAACAAAGACAACACAGCCUGGAUACUGACGCGCAGGAACAGUUACAACAGUCUGCAGAAGAGUAUCUACCAUGUGCCGGUGGUCAUUUCAGAUGGAGACUUCCCCAUGCAGAGCAGCACCAACACGCUGACCAUCAGAGUGUGCACGUGUGACCGCGAGGGAAACAUGAAGCUGUGCAACGCCGAGGCCUUCACAGCCAGGGCGGGGCUCAGCACAGGGGCCCUGGUAGCCAUUCUGCUUUGUGUCAUCAUUCUGCUCAUGAUCGUGGUGCUGUUUGCUGCCCUGAGGAGACAGAGGAAGAAGGAGCCUCUGAUCAUCUCCAAGGAGGACGUCAGAGACAACGUCGUCAGCUACAACGAUGAAGGCGGCGGAGAGGAGGACACUCAGGCCUUUGAUAUCGGCACGUUACGCAACCCUGAGGCCAUCGAGGAGAGCAAGCAGAGAAGGGACAUCGUCCCCGAGACCUUCUACCCUCCAGUUCGGCGUCCUGUCUUGCCCCCGACCAGGGACAAUAAUGGGGACGUGAGAGACUUCAUCAACCAGAGGCUCCAGGACAACGACAGCGACCCCACAGCGCCGCCUUACGACUCUCUGGCCACCUACGCCUAUGAAGGUAACGGCUCGGUGGCAGAGUCCCUCAGCUCGCUGGAGUCUGUGACAACGGAGGGCGAUCAGGACUACAACUACCUGAGCGAGUGGGGGCCGCGGUUUAAGAAACUGGCGGACAUGUACGGGGGCGACGACAGCGACAGGGAUUCCUAACGAGAACCUGGCACACACGCGGGGAGAGAAAGUGGAAAAACUUCAGAGCACUUCAGGCUCAUGUGGCGAGAAAAUGGUGAAAGGACCGAGAAAUGAGCGCUGUGCUCUUUCAUCGCCAUUGAUCACCAUUCAGUUGUCCCUCCAGGUGACCAGACGUAGGCUUUGUGUGUCCAGUCAGUGUUAGUUGCGUUUUUUGCAAGGGUGCAGUAAAAAAACAGACUCUGUGUCAAGACUUUUUUUGUGUGUAUAUGGGUGUACAUGAUGCCCAAAUAUAUAUAAAUAAAUCAACAUUUUCUUUUUUGUUUCUUUUUCCAAAGCUGCGUGAGAUGGACACUUUCAACAAGCAGUUUUGUAAACCAACAGAUAUGCCUAUGUAUUUUUCAGUGUUUCUGGGACAAAAACAUGCUGCAUAUUGUGAGUUCUAUCUUAGCUUGUGUACGUAUGGUAAUAUGAAACAUUACGCUGUACAGUUGUUUUUUUAUUUUACAGGGAUUUCUAUCGUCCAAAUGAUCCCCUUCUUUCAGCAGUGGCUGCCUCACGCUAGCCACAGAUGUGCUCCAGCCCCAAGUGCUUCAAAAAUGAUCAAAAAUAAAAAACUGGAUGGUAGAGGUGUGAAUCAUGAGAGCUUCCUUAAUUGCUAGGAACCUUUCAAGGCUUUCCCGCUGCAGAAAUCAGGACCUAAAUCAAGUUAAAGGAACUGUGGGCCUCACUCACCAAUAUCUUCCUAGGAUUUUUCUUAAAUUUGUUCUCCAGGAGGUUCUGAGAGAAACUGUGGUGAAAUUAUUUGAAAAUGGAUUUCAGCAUCACUCUGGUAGAACCAAACGGUGGGAUUAAUGGUGCUCACAAGCUGGAAGCUAGUGCAUGUUUCCCCUAAUUGGCAUUGAUAAAAACAUCUUUAAUGCCCAUAUAAGGACAUGAGACUGCAGGGCAGUGUGCACACACAGAAAUGUGAAGAGAAGAAGUAAUAUAAAUUGCAGUACUUCCAAGAUGCAGUGCUGCUCCAAAUGAAACCAAAAGAGGAAGACUUUAUUAUUCUUUUAGCACCUAUAGUGGAAAUCAAAUUUAUGCUACAAACAUUAAUUGGACUAUGAGUAUCUCCUUUUUAAAAAAAUUUAAAUUGAAACAUAAUCAAAUCAUGUUAAACGAGAAGCUACAAUCAACUCCAAAACAACAGAGAACUCAUUUCAUUCCCAACUGUGCAACCUGCCCUCUACAUUUACCAAACUCACCCUACGACUUUGGAUUGCAGAUUUUAACAUGACUAAAUCAUGUAAAAAAGAACUUGCUAUGGAUUGAAAAGGAAAGUAGCGAAGAACAAAAAGGUAAAUAUUAAAUAUCACAAGGUUCAGAUGACUUUCGGCUUCUCCACUGAGCUGCCUGUGAGUUUUUAAAGUGAAAUGAGACUUUAAUGAGCAGUGGUGGACUUAAUUUACAACAGGCUGCAGGGAGAUGCUAAUGUGACUUAUCAAAAGUGUGUUUAAAUAAAAAGUGCUGUAAUUGUGGCCCUCAUCCCAAUUAAUGCAAUAAAUCGUGACAGGUCUAGUUUGUAUUGUUUUAAAUUAGUGUCAGAUAUCACUAUGUAGUAUGUGCCAAAAUUAUAGCCAGAAUUUAGCAUUUGGCAGCUAAGAUCAAACACUGCAUAUUUAAAUUAAUACAUGACCAAAUUCAUGUCAUGUAUUUGUGCAUCUAAAUUAAUUACAUGUUAGGCUGAUAAAAACGCAGUAAAAUUGAAUUAAAAAUUCUAUUUUAUUGUGCCAUUCUUAACCUAGCAUAAUAAGGCGCUGAUGAGUAGAAAAUCCAACAUUGCAUCCUGACAUAUCAGCACACAAAUGUUGGUAAGUGUGCUCUGGAGUGCUCUUACAUCUUUCUCAUAGCCUGAAAACAUUUGUGAAUGUCAGAAUCUUCUUAAAAACUGUGCAGAGUUUUGAGAACAACUCUUAAGAACCAUUGGUGAAUGAGGCCCGUUAUUUAACCUGUGAAAAGUCACUUUUUGAGGAUUGUACAUCCAAAAGUACAAGAGUUUUGUGGUUGAGGCCUUCUGUGUGUACUCAUCUCUGAUUCCUGGAGUAUUAACAUUUAAGUCAUUAAAGUUACAGUGUCCUUCCCCAAAUGAUGUGGGUAAAAAUGCUCAUACUUUGGCAGAAUAAUCUUGGUCAAAAAUGGGCUAAAAGAAGCCUUUAAAGUAAUUCCUGGGACUCAAAGUUUCAGUGAAAAUCUGACCUUGGUUGUUGCACAUGGCCAAUGAUAAAUGACUAAAAUACAUUCAAGCGUUAGUGACGGAAUGUGGAUUUUACAGCCACAGCAAAAACACCAGUUUGUCAUUUAUCAGUAACUGGUUUUUCAUCUCCACACUGCUUUGAGCAGUCGCUGUGAGGUGAGCCGAAAUACCAAAUAUUUCUUUAUUGAGCUGAAUGUCUUCAGAAUCAUUUUCUCCGUGCAGCAAACGCUCAGGCUGAGAAAUGAACUCCGCAGGACAGUGUUAUUUUCUACUGUACAUUGAUAAAAAUCACCAAUCUUGCGUGCAGCCGGCUCAGUUAGAGGAAAAUACUGGUCCUGCUGGGAUUUUUUUCACUUGUCUCAAACACAGAAAUGUGUGAAUGUUUCCUUCUGUGCAGCGGGUGUAAGUCAGAAUCAUUUACUCUUACUACUGACAAGACGCCAUUGAGCUUGAACGUGUGCUAAUCUAUUGGAUUCAACAUUUCAUGGACAGUUAUCGUUAAAAUUUAUCAUGCAGUUUUACUUUCUGUUCCUAAAUGGUUUGGGUUUUCUGUUCAGGUGAUCAUAACAGAGAAAAGUACUAAUGAAUGAUGCUUCACACUGGCAUUCAUAGGAAAAGUCUCAAGAUUCAAUCUGGAGUGUCCUUUUUAGUUAAGCGUGCACACUAAAGAUGCUUUUGUGCAUCAAUUGACAAAAAAGUUGAUGAUGUGAAUCAAAAUAGUUGCCUUAAAUUGUUUUUAAAAAAAUCAACAGUGAAGACUACAAACAUGGUUUUAAGGGUCUUACAAGGAAAUACAAUGCAAUGCAGUUGCAUCAUUACCCCAUGAUACAACACAAUAAGAUACGAUACCCUUGUAGAAAUCUGUCUUGGGCUCCAGUGCUGUACACGUCAAGCUGCCUCUACAGAAACAUCAAUACAUAAAAAAAUAGCUAACAAAAAAUGCUAAUCAGACUUUUUAGAAGCCAAGUGACCUCUUUAAACUGACCCUUUGCCAAACCCUACCCUCCUUUGUUACUAAAUCUCUUGCUGUCUGGCUCCGCUCCAUAUGAAAUCACUGAAAAUAUCCCCUUUUGACUAACUUUUAUUCAUAUUUAACUGGUUCCAUUCUUAUGUAAACUUUUUAUUGACAGAAGGAAAGACAAGGAUAAACUACGAUUUAUGAGGAUAUCUAGAAAUCUUUAAAAACUACUUAAAUCAUUUAAAAUAACACAUGUCUGAUGCUAAUAAUGUCGGCUUAUAUUAGAUUUCCCCCUGCAGCAUAUCAACAAAGUUUUUGUUGUGCAAAAAUAGAUAAAUGAGACUUUUUUUUGCCUUACUAGACCAGCAUUAAGUUUGAAGUUGCAACGCCAACAUUACAUUAUGCAAACAUUACUGCUAAAAGUAGCAUUAUUGCUAAUUAGCAUUACCAGAAAAUUACAUAGUAUACAAAAUAGUUGCUCUUACCUUCAAGCACUUCUACACACUCUGAUUGACGAUGAGUUGGAUUACUCAAGUGAUUGUCCACAGAGUCGAUUCCAAAGAAGGAUUUUCUAUGACUAACCUUCAGUUUAGAAAACAGGAUGAAAAAU